AUGUCUGAAAAUACAAUUACGUUUGUUACAGGUAAUGCCAAUAAAUUGAAGGAAGUUAUUGCUAUCCUUUCAACAUCUGAAUCUCAAAAUGGCACAUCAAAAGUUGGAAAAUAUUCCAUUACCAAUAAGUCUUUAGAUUUGGAUGAGGUUCAAGGUACAAUCGAAGAGGUGACCAUUAACAAAGCCAAGGCUGCUGCCAAAAUACUCGAUGGACCAGUCCUUGUUGAAGAUACAUGUUUGGGUUUUGAAGCCUUUAAUAAUUUACCAGGGCCUUAUAUCAAAUGGUUUGUCAAAUCGAUUGGUUUAUCAGGAUUAGUCGAUAUGUUAUAUAAGUUUGAAAAUAAAGGUGCUAAUGCUAUUUGCACUUUUGGAUACUGUGAGGGACCAGAUGCUGAAGUCAAGUUAUUCCAAGGUAUUACUAAGGGUAAUAUUGUUGACAGCAGAGGUCCUACAGACUUCGGUUGGGAUUCAGUUUUUGAACCAGAAGGAUUCGACCAGACUUACGCAGAAAUGGAUAAGAAAACUAAGAAUACAAUCUCUCAUAGAUUUAGAGCUUUAGAUAAAUUGAGAGACUUUUUGACUUCCCAAUAA